AUGAAGCAUUUUCAACUACUUGUUGUAGCGGUGGCACUGCUGGAUUUCUGCUUAGCUGUGCAGCCACCUCAGGACAAUGUUUCUGGACAAGGCCGCUCUGCUGCCUCGCCAGCAACACAACCGCCGGCAGCAGUUACACCAGCAGCAGCCGUAUUGAAUCCUUCGCAGUCAGUGCAGAAAACGCUCCUUCGUGCGGGGCGCAACGCUUUAGCGGAAGGGAACGAUGGGAGGCAUACCGGCGAGGCCUCUGCCGCUGCUCAGGCUCAAGUUACCAGCUUGCUACCUGGAGAGGGAGGAGUCCCUGAGGAUAUAUCCUCCUCGUCAACGUCGGAGGCUGUUCCUGAUGAGAACAAGUCAGAACAAGAUGAGAACUCACGCACAACCCUAGAGAAACUGCUAGCCGAGGCGACUGUCGUGCAAGGUGAAGCUGCGAGGUCAUCAAGCCAGCGAGAGGAGAAGCCGCGGCGGCCUCCUCGAAGGAGGAAUCCCCAAGAGGUUCCUUUUCCACCUCCAAGUAGUGCUGUAACACGGAGCGUAAAGGACGACGUAGAAACCCCAAUGACCCUGGAUGACGUCUUCAGUCAGAUAGCGAAGGUCUCCCUUUUCUCUAGAAAAACAUCAUCAAGAGUGCCUAUGACACCCCGGAAGAGGAUAAUCAAAAGGCCCGUGAGGAGAAAGAAAAGCAGGUGGGGAUCUUUCACGAAAAAUCCCGACUCCGACUCCGACGACGAUUCCCCUAUCCUCGCCGUCAUGCCAAGACAGCCUUUCCACGUGCCAUACCAAAUUUCUAAGGGGAAGUGGCCUUCCUCAGAGACUGAGCACUCCAACACACCUCAAGCUGCCCUGCAUCAGCUGCUGUCAGACACAGCAGGCUCUAUGGGCAUCGGCGCCUGGACUAUUGUCGGCCCGUCGGAACAACCCGCGGAGGAGCCGAAACCUAGGGAAGAGGAGGUCCCUGCAUUGCCGCCCAAAGACUCCCGAGAUACUUUAGAAGAUUUGUUACAACAAGCAACUGCAACUAUUGCCUCUGCUAGACGCCGCAAGAAGCGACGGAACCGCCGCCUUGGUAAAAAGUAUUCGAAGAUGAGCAAAGGACAAGGUGGAAAAGAUGACGAACCGAUCCUUGCAGUGUUACCGAGGAGAGCAGAGAGUUCUCACACAUCAACAUCUAUUCAGGAAAGUAUCGAGCCUCCCCCAGAGAACCUUCUGAACCAGACGGCCAACCCCCAGGAAGCCUUGCAGCAGAUGCUGGCGAAUUCUAUGGGAUUCGCUUCUUGGGACGAAACUGAAGAAAACCCUGAAGAAAACCCUGAUACAGUAGCAAAAGUUGAGGGGAGUGAGGAAUCCAAGGAAGGAAACCCCGCACAUGUCACCAAAGACUCCUCCACAGUCUCGUCCGACGGCCCUCAGCCACAGGCCGUACAAGGGCUCAAUUCCUCUGAAAACGCCUUGGGACCUCAACCUACUAAUACACUCGAAAAUAUAAAAUCCCCAGAGACAAACGAGAAUGCGGAGACUAUCAGUGAGCCAUCACCUCUAACGCCUCGAAAAGCAGCAGCCGCAGCGGCAGCGUGGGACAUGAAGCUACUUACUUCUGUUGCUCCUCUGCCGGGACCAGAGAAAGGCCAAAUGCCGAGGUUUCAAUUUCGUCGUACUGCCAUCCCGUUGAAGUGGGAAGAGGAUGAGUCAAUUUCUGAAGAAACGACGACGGAGUCCGACGAAUCGCAAUCUUCGGAUGCGAGCACUCCCGCGGGUGCAUGGGACACUUCUUCUUUGCCUAGCGAUGGAGCGGACGAAGGUUUUAAAGGCUUAUCUCACCCUCAGUGGCCACCCGUCAGUCCAACCAUGACGGAACUGCCGGGCAGCUCUCAGUCAGACGGAUCCCCGUCUUCUGUUCUCUUCCCUUCUCAGCAGGCUCUAUUGAUGGGGUCAGCAGAUAGGACGCCACAUUCGUCGGGGCAGUACGCAGAAGAUCCGGACUUUGGGAAGGAAACCCUUUGGGAAGACCCAACACCAUUCGGCGCCCUGCACGAGGGUCCAGAAGAAUUUGCGGCAGCGAACCUGUUGGGGACCCCUACCGGAGGGGUGGUUCAAGCAGCGCAACAGAUGCAACAAGAAAACUUCUCUGCAGCAGGACAGCACGUGCUGAGAAAUGCAAAAGACCCCCUCGAAGGAAGUAGCCAAACAUUGUUCCCUUCGCCGGUGCAGCGAAACGCAGCAACAGCUGACAAGUUUCAACCACCGGCAUCCCCGGUUCCUCGGAUGGAAGGGCCCCACCACCCUGGAGGAGGUUCCUUUGAGGAUGAGGAAGGCAGCGCAGACAACCCGUUCACGCUGUCAGGGGGGUGGGGCCCGGCUACAGUUUUUGGGCUGAUGAUGGUGGUCGGCCUUUUCGCAGGACUCGGCAUGUGGCUGCGCUCUCAAUGUGCCAAAAGGGCUAACAAAAAUGCAGCUAAAGACAAGGACUGCUCAUACACGCACAGCAGCAUAUGGGCUACCUCUGCGGAGCUGUCCGCUACAGCGUGA